AUGGCUUCACCGUGGUGCUGGAGUUGCCUCUCGCCACUCCGAACACCACGAGCAAUCCUCCCCUCGUCAACCACCACAACCCGGAUAACAACCGCCGGAUUCCACUCAACAGCGGUUCAAUAUGCUAUGCCCGCAAAGAAGAAUAAGAACAGCAUAACCCAACUGAAGUACCGACAGGGUCAGACCUUGCGCAGGAAGAAGAAGAAGGCGACCGAGAACCGUGCGCGUCCUCCAGCCAUUGGAGAGCGCAAGGCCAUGCGAAAACGCAUUGUCCUUAGCAACCCCAAUGCUUUGGAGGUUGAAGGCAUGCAGGAACUCUCCCCUGAGACAAUGAUCGACAACCGUCUUCGCGGCUCCGUUCUGGGCCUGCCGGUCACCAUGCUCGAUCAAUUGAGAGCUGUGCAGGCUUUCAAGCCCCGGCAGGGUUGGAACAUCUUCCGUCGUCCGGGCACUGUGCUUCGCCGGGAUGCGCUUGAGCUGGGCCAGCUGUUUGAGAAGAUUUCCGGUGAUGAUCCUGCUGAAAAGGGCAAGGUUGUAAGAAAGAUCAUCACUGGACCGAAGGGAUCUGGAAAGACUGUUCACUUGCUGCAGGCUGCGGCCAUGGGAUUCUUGAAGAACUGGGUGGUCAUCACAGUUCCCGAUGCCUACGAACUCGUCUCUGGUACAACCAGCUAUUCUCCCAUCGAAGGCUCGAACCCACCGCAAUACGUGCAGCCCAAUGCUACGUCUGCUCUCCUCAAACGAACUGUCGAGGCUAACUCCAAGGUUCUGGAGAGCCUGAAAGUCUCCCAGAAACACGCCGGAUUAGAAAACUUGAAGCCAACCAUGACUCUGAAGGACUUGGCCCAGCUUGGGUUGGGAGAUGCCGCCCUUUCCUGGCCUGUUUUUCAGGCUCUGUGGGCCGAACUCACCGCCACCAGCCCGGCCCCGGGAAUGGAGAACGGAUUCCAGUCUCGACCUCCCACUCUUGUGACUGUUGAUGGCCUGUCCCACUGGAUGACCAAGACUGCCUACCGCGCCGAGGACUACAGCUUCGUUCAUCCUCACGACCUUGUGUUCGUUCAGCAUUUCCUUUCAUUGCUCAAGAGCGAUAAACCUACGCUGAAAAACGGCGGUAUGCUUCUCUACGCUACCUCCACCUCCAACAACCCCUCCAGCUACAGCCUCGAGGUUGGUCUGGACCAGAUGAUCGCUCGCCAGGAUGGUGUCAGCCCCACUUCUCCCGACUACCCAGCCCCUGAGGCAUACAGCAAUGCUGAUCCCCGUGUGCUCGAGCUGUUCAAGCCCACCGCUGCUUCGGGUAAGGAGGGUGUGCUUGAGCUGCAGACUCUCGGUGGCCUUACCCGCGAGGAGACCCGCGGUUACUUGGAGUACUUUGCUCAGAGCGGUCUGUUGCGCGAGAACAUCAAUGAGAAAUGGGUCAGCGAGCGAUGGAGUCUAUCCGGAGGUGGUAUCAUUGGCGAGCUGGAGAAGCUUGGCCGUCACGUCAGCGCUCCUGCGAAGCUUGCCCAGCCUACCCCGGACGUUGAGUAA